AUGUCGGUCGCAUUUGUCCGUACUAUCAGUUCGAGCCCGCUUCGAGAUGCGAAGAACACCUCCGCGGUCGAGAGCCGAGACCACCUUCGAGUGGUCCCGUUUCAACGAGCCAGUCUGGUCGACUAUCGAAGCGACCUGCUCAUGCAUUUGAGCUGUGUCUCGACGAGCUACAACCAGCUCAUCACGAAGAGAACGAUUCGAACUUUCGGUCUCAAGUUGCGCGAGCGCAAAAGCGGCACGAUCGUCCGAACAAUCGUGCGUUAG